GGUGAAUCGUUAGUUGUUCACAACAUACUAUUUGUGCGUCUAAGUGUUAGCCAGCGAAUACAAGAUGAUUUUGUUGUCACAUAUUGUUACAAAUAUCGUACCUUUUAUCACUUUUCAACGAAGAAAUCUUCUUUAGCGUGGGAUUAACAUUUUUUAAAAAUCUGAUUUUUUCACAAGCAGUAUAGUGUCUCGGUGACAUUUCGCGUCCCAUUUGUUUCCCUUACUUAGAAGUAUGUCAGAAUUCCGCUUUAUGAUUUUCCUAGUCAUUGUUCUUGCUACUGUUACCCAUUGCCACAAAUGGCCUCCUAAAACUAAAGUCCUUCAUAUUGGAGGAAUUUUCCCUAUAAAUGGAACUGAGGGAUGGCAAGGAGGCAUGGCUUGCCAACCUUCAGCUAUGAUGGCUCUGGAGGAUGUAAAUUCCAGAUCUGAUCUUCUGCCAGGGUAUAAACUCAAAUUACAUUGGAAUGACAGUGAAUGUGAGCCAGGACUAGGAGCCUUGGUUAUGUAUGACCUCUUGUACAAACCUCCACAGAAACUUAUGCUACUGGCAGGAUGCUCCACAGUAUGCACAACUGUAGCUGAAGCAGCUAAAAUGUGGAACCUUGUUGUGCUAUCUUAUGGUGCCAGCUCACCGGCGCUUUCCAAUCGCCAACGGUUUCCCACACUGUUUCGGACUCAUCCUUCAGCCACUGUUCACAACCCAACACGUGUAAAAAUUCUGCAAAAUUUUGGUUGGUCACGAAUAGCUAUUCUGCAACAGGCCGAAGAGGUUUUCAUUUCGACUGUGGAGGACCUGGAAACCCGAUGCAGGGAAUCGGGAAUUGAAAUAGUAACUCGGCAGAGUUUUCUGAAUGAUCCUAGCGAGUCCGUCCGUAACCUCCGUCGCCAGGACGCUCGAAUUAUUGUAGGUUUAUUUUACGUCGUAGCUGCACGCAGGGUCUUGUGCGAAAUGUAUAAACAGGGCCUGUACGGCUCUAGUUACGUUUGGUUUUUCAUUGGCUGGUACGAGGACAACUGGUACGAGGCCAAUCUUGCCCAGGAGAAAAUCGAAUGCACCCGCGAGCAAAUGAAAGAAGCAGCUGAAGGUCACCUGACUACCGAAGCCCUCAACUGGAAUCAAGAUAACCAAAAGACCAUAUCUGGCAUGACAGUGGAAGAUUAUCGCAAGCGUCUGAACGCUGAGCUACUAAAAAACAGCCACGAUGUUACGGUCCGUUUUCCAGAUGGGUAUCAAGAAGCACCGCUUGCUUAUGAUGCGGUUUGGGCCGUUGCUCUCGCACUCAACCGAACAAUGCAUCGUCUAGCUGAAAGAGGCCGAUCACUCGACGAUUUUACCUACAACGAUGCCGUUAGCGCCGGUGAAAUUUAUUCUGCCAUGAACGCUACACAGUUUCUCGGAGUUUCGGGAACAGUGGCUUUCAGUUCAAAAGGCGAUCGAAUAGCCUGGACUUUGAUUGAGCAAAUGAUCCAUGGUCAAUACAACAAGGUAGGGUAUUACGAUACCCAAACGGACAAUUUGACUUGGUUAGCUGAAGCGCGUUGGAUUGGCGGAAAAAUCCCGCAAGAUCGAACUAUUAUCAUUGACAAACUAAGGACUGUGUCGUUUGGUCUAUUUGUUACCAUGAGUCUCGUCUCCAGCGUUGGCAUUGCUGCCGCCAUUGGUCUCAUCAUUUUCAACCUAGUCUAUCGUGAACAAAAGUUGAUUGAGCUUUCUCAGCCAGCAUGCAAUAAUGUUAUGCUUGUUGGCAUUGUAUUGCUUCUGAGUAGUGUCAUUCUACUCGGAAUGGAUGGCGACACUGUACCAGUAAUUCAUUUCCCCGUAGUUUGUCAACUAAGGGCUUGGCUCCUUUGUCUCGGAUUUACUUUGGCAUUUGGUGCCAUGUUUUCUAAAGUGUGGAGGGUUCAUCGGCAAUCCACUAAAUCAAAGGAAGAAACUAAUAAAAUGAAGGACAAGAAAAGUCGAACUCAGUCCGCUAAAUCUAAGGUCGAUUGGGUGUUGGUCGGAUUAAGCUUUAUUGACGUCAUCAUCCUCACAAUUUGGGCCAUUGUCGAUCCUCAAAUCCGCACGGUGGAGAAUUUCCAAUUAGAGAAUCCCACCGACACGGAAAAGGACAUCAAAAUACGGCCCAGCAUGGAGCACUGCGAAAGCAAACAUCAAAACAUUUGGCUAGGUGUCGUGUACGGCUACAAAGGGCUAUUGCUGAUUUUUGGUUUAUUUCUGGCUUACGAAACGCGUAGCAUGAAAGUCCGCUCGAUUAAUGAUUCUCGCUACGUCGGCAUGUCCAUUUACAACGUCGUCGUCCUUUGCUUGAUUACGGCUCCCGUUAGUCUGGUCAUUUCUUCGCAGGCGGACGCUAGUUUCGCGUUCGUGACAGCAGCAUUAGCGUUUUGUUGCUUCAUUUCCAUGGCGCUCAUCUUCGUACCUAAAGUGGUCGAAGUGGUGCGCAAUCCGGACAGACCGGGAGACGGCGAUGACGAGACGGACCAAACAGUUUCCAAAGAGGAGGAAGAACGCUAUCGAAAACUGCAGCAAGAAAAUGAGCAGCUUCAGCAGCUGAUUGCGUCCCGUGAACACAAGCUCAAGCUGCUCAAUCAUCGUCUGCUUGAGCGAAACGCGUCGGUCAAUGUCAAUGGAAUCACGCCAAGUCCCAUCGUCAGCGCCUCAAACAACACGACCGUUUCCACUCCGCCCAUGAGUGGAUCAACGCGAACUACAACUAUUCAUCUCCCUCCGGCCAAGAAAAAUAGUGAGGUCAGAUUUUCCACCUCCUCCAUGGAAAUGCUACCUAACAAGACGCGCGUCGGUGUCGGGAUAAUGAAGAUCCAUUGUACCGAGACAAUCGUGACAGAUACGGCUUCGACAGCCACGCCUACGACGUUAGUGUUCAACGAGCAAGUCGUGGAUGGCAGUGGAGAUGAUCAGGAAGAAUACGAGGAAGAAUGCGUGGCUGGUGUUGAAUUGAUUGAGAAAAUCACAGAUAGUCCCAUGUUCCAACGAGGAGGAGCGGCCCGUAGUCCAGAAGAAUCUUAUCUAUGAAUCUACCAGCUAUUCCUGGCCGAUGCCUGCGCUAUUUAUAUUUUUGUUCGUCUAGCCCUUCCGCUCUUUUUCUUUGGUUUUUAAUGUUGUUUAUUAUUAGAUCAAUAUUAGUUUAGGACGUUAGUUGUCUAAGGAGCAGGAAAAUGUUACAUGUUUUACGCUUUCCAUUUCACCAUGUCCACUGAGAAAAUUGUUUUUCGUCUUAUUUAAAAGAAAAUGAAUUUAAACAAUACUUUACGUCGCCCUGUUUGGUGUUGUGUAAUUUUCCAUGUAUAUCAAGUGUUGUUAGGAACGCGAACCAUUUCAUCCAUCUUAUUGUGUACGUACGCUCAUCUUCCUUCUUGACUCUCACAUCAAACAACCAUAUAUUAUACAAAUCAUUUGUCUAUUUACAUAAAGUAUAAAGAAGAAUACACUUUGAGUUGUUAACGUCA